CACACGCAUUAUAUACAACUGAAAAAGCCGCGUAGCCAAGUGCAGAACACUGAGGAAAUGGCCCUGCAACAAUGGUUGAUACAAUCAUGGAAAGAGCUACACAAAGUACCCGUCUAUCUCCUCCUAUCUCUACUCUUUCUCUUUUCAUUUCAGCGUUUUUGUAAACGUAUAUUUAAAACCACCAAACUCAAUUUGCCUCCAUCCCCACCAAAGCUUCCAAUUAUAGGCAACCUUCACCAGCUUCGCAAGCUCUCACACCGCUCUUUUCGAGCCCUUUCUGAGAAGUAUGGCCCCAUAAUACUCUUACACUUGGGUCAUACUCCAACCUUGAUAGUGUCAUCUGCCGAUAUAGCCAGAGAAGUCAUGAACUCGCAUGAUAUUGUUUUCUCAAACCGGCCCCAAACUACAGCCGCCAACACCUUACUCUAUGGUUGCACUGACGUUGGGUUCGCACCCUAUGGUGAGUAUUGGAGACAAGUUAGGAAGAUUUGUGUUCUUGAGCUUUUGAGCCUUAAAAGAGUGCAAUCGUUUCAGUAUGUAAGGGAAGAAGAAGUUGAUUCAUUAAUGAAAAAGAUACACGAGUCGUGCAUCAAACAGACUCAUGUUAAUCUUAGUGAGAUGAUCAUUGCAACCUCAAAAAACAUAGUCUCAAGAUGUGUAUUUGGACGGAAGUUUGAAGAAGAAAAUGGUAAGAGAAGUUUUGAAGAUCUAUCAAGAAGGAUACUGGCACUAUUGACAUCAUUUUGUUUGGGUGACUUUUUCCCUUAUUUGGGAUGGAUUGAUGUUCUUACGGGGUUCAUCCCGAAUCUCAAAGCUACUUUUAGAGAAUUAGAUGUAUUUUUUGCUCAAGUGAUUGAAGAACACAAGACAAGGAAUUGUAAUGAUGACCGGCCUUAUACGAAAGAUUUCGUAGAUAUUCUUCUUCAACUUCAAAGGGAUGGAAUGCUCGAAUUUGAGUUCACCGAAGACAACCUCAAAGGAAUCUUACUGGACAUGUUUGUCGCAGGAAGUGAUACGACUUCAACAACUUUAGAAUGGUUAAUGGCAGAGCUCAUAAAGAAUCCAAAUAUCAUGAAAAAAGCACAAGAAGAGGUGAGAAGAGUGGUGGGAAUGAAGUCAAAAAUAGAUGUGAAUGACAUCAAUCAAAUGAAUUACUUGAAAUGUAUCUUGAAGGAAACUCUCAGAGUACAUCCACCAGCUCCUCUUUCGGUACCUCGAGAAACAUCAUCAAGUGUGAUAUUAGGAGGUUAUUAUAUUCCGCCAAAAGCCAAGGUAUUUGUCAAUACAUGGGCAAUCCAAAUGGACUCUUCCGUAUGGGAUAAGCCAGAAGAGUUCCUUCCUGAGAGAUUUAUAAACAACCCAGUUGAUUUUAAAGGUCAAGACUUUGAAUUCAUCCCAUUUGGAGGUGGGAGAAGGGGAUGCCCAGGGUUGACAUUCGGUGUUACUACAAUUGAGUAUGUGAUUGCCAACCUCUUGUGUUGGUUUGACUGGAGGUUGCCUAGUCCAAUUGCGCAGGGGGAAGAUGACUUGGACAUGAGGGAAGUUAACUACUCACUUGUUGUGACUAAGAAAUUUCCUCUUCAUCUUGUACCAAUAUUGUACUCCCCAUGAUACAUCCAGAUCAGAUUCACGAGUUAUGUUCAUGAUAUGACUUUUCCUGAGGUGAUUUGCCUCAUC